AUGCUAUUCCGCAAUGGCUCGCUUUCCCGUCGCGAUGCGCUUCUCCUGCUGAUCGGCGCUUCCUCUAUGCACGUCUGGUCAGUUCUUUUUGGCCAACCGUCAAGCGUCAACGAUCAGUCUAUUGUCAUCAACACCAAUGUCCAGGAUAAUGUCCCCAAGGCCACAGUCACGGCUUUCCGGCACCAGACCCGCACGAAAUUGCGAACGAAGACGGAAACGGUGGUGGUGACUGCCUUACCUACCCCUACGACGAGGGUGUCCACCCCAGUUUUGCCUUUCGAUGAACUUCCCUCUACAGAGCUACUUGCUCAUGCUCCUGGAUGGACACUUUUCCGAAAUUUGUACAUGUCAAACGGGACGCUAUAUAUCGUGGCAGACGAUGAUGCUCGCAAGAGCUUUCCCGAAAUCCGCAUGAUGACGAGCACAGGACUGGAAGCUGAGAACACACCAGAAAAUAUUGCAAUGAGGGAACCCACAGACGACAACAUGGCAAUCAUAUCACCAGAAGAGGCCAACAGGCGAUGGGUUUUAGCGACGUCAAACAAGAAAGGGCAACAUUUGAAUCGGGUAUGGACAGUUGAAGGCAACACACUUCUUUUCAACGAUCCAAGGCAAUUCCUGCGACACUACUACCACUUUGUUGCCGAGCUCUUCUUUGGAGCACAAGCUUUUUGGCAUGGUGCUUUCUCUCCCCCUAUCACCCCGACAGAAAUGGACGAACCCGACUCCCUGAGUAGCGUUCACUUUUCCACAACACACCCACCUGUGCCGCCAAUGCACCGCGCCAUUUUCGCCCACAGCGAUGCUGAUGGAUGGCGCGAUAGCCCAGGCUUCAACUCAUACUUUCUCAGGGCGGCACUUCCUUCUCUCAUCGUCGAGCACAUCGAAGACUGGAACGACCGCAUCACAGCCACGGCAACAGAACCAGGAGAGCCUGGGCGCGCAUGGCAUUUUCCAAUAGUCCUUCUCGUUGAUCGUAGUGCUUCCCACCGCGGUUGGAUGUGCGGCUCCAAUACUCAGCGCACUGCGUCCGAGGCAUGGGACUUCAUGCGCAAGAAGGUCAGACUAAGAGGUCUACAUGUUGGCGGAUGGUGGGCGCCGUUGCGUGAGGCUGUUUGGCGCUUUGCCGGUGCGAAAGAGGGAGUCGCAAAGUUAACGUCUGGAAACUCAGCACUGGUAAAGGAGGUCGACGGCACGCAGAAGCCAUUGGCAAUGAUUCCUUUCCUGUCAGAAGAAGCAGAAGUUAGGGGUAUGGAUGCCAAUAUUCAACCGGCGGAUAUAGUAGAUGUAGGCGCAUCACACCAGAACCUUUUGCCGCUGCCAGAGAAGAUUGUCAUCAGUUAUAUAAGUCGUCAGUCAGCCAGGAAUCGCAAGUUGAUCAAGGAGGACCAUGAGCGUAUGGUUAAAGCAAUUCAGGAGCUUGUUGCGAGGAAAAACAAAGAACGCAGCGAUUUUCUAACGGCGAAGGAUGGUUUGCAUGGGCAGAAAACUGCGACAGGAGAUGAAUCAGUGCCUUUGGCUUGGGAGUUCAACGAACUUAUCGCCGAACAUAUGACGAAGGACGAGCAGGUGCAGGCUGCUGCUCGCACUACAAUUAUGCUGGGUGUGCAUGGCAAUGGUCUAACCCAUCUUGUCUUCAUGGAUCCGAACCGUUUUUCGACUGUCAUAGAGAUCUUCUACCCAGGAGGAUUUGCUCAUGAUUAUUAUUGGACAUCCCGCGCCCUGGGAAUGCGCCAUUUUGCUUUCUGGAAAGAUAGGUACCGAACAUACCCUGAUAAACCCGACGUUGAUUACCCAGAGGGAUUCCAAGGGAAUUUUAUUCCUGUAGAUGGUGCCGCCGUCGCGCAACUGAUCGAAGACCGCAUCGCUGGAAAAAUAUGA